AUGACGACGACCAAAUCGCUGUACAACACUGCAUCGCAAUGCCAGCACUUCGUACAUCUGUAUACGUGGACCUUACAUAGGGUAUGUGAUGACAGGAGUGCAUCGCAUACGUGGUUACCAGCACCACUCGACCAAAGACAAUGCCCAAGCAUAAUCCCUAACAACCAGCAUAUACGAAAUCAGCAGACCUGAUGCCAUGUGCUGC